AUGGCCAUCACGAGCGAUGAGGAUGUGGCCCAGGACGGGGCGGACCUCACGGAGCGCUUGCGCAGGACGCGAGCGAUCCACGACCGGGCGUGGAGGGCAGGUCUGCGGUCUCGGCGCAGCAUCCGAAUCGUUUUCUGGGAGUUCGAGGCGGAGGUGGCGACGCACAUCGAGGAGAUGAACGAACACAGCGAGUUCGGCGCCUACUACAAGCCAGAUACCAGGAACCCCGUCCCACGCAUCGAGAAUGAAGUGUCGUUCCGAGCAAGGCGCUGGAUCCAAGACGCGGGACCCGGCGCGGAGUCGAACGCCGAGGCCAUACUGCUGGCUCGGCAGAUAUUACUGACCGACGCGGCGUCGGGCAGCCUUGCCGCCGCUGCGUCAGCCAACAGCAUGGCGAGCACCAGAGCGCCCAGCGGCCCCGACAGCCGUCCAGAGCGGCAGAUGUGGCGGCGACGGCAGCGGAGCAGCGGGCGGCAGACGCGGCUGCAGAGCCACCUGGAGCUGCGGGCGCGCCCAGGCGCCGCGGAGGCCAUCGGCGCGGCCAUUCCGUCGCAGGCUGCGCGGGGCCACGUCGCGUUCGCUGGCGGCGGCAUCAUCGGCUGCCAGAAGUGCGGGCCCCAGUCGUCGACGGCGCGGGGCUCCCUGCUGAUGACCUGCGACCCGCGGGGCAGCAUCUGGGCGACCCACAGGCGGAGUGGCUGCAGCUCGGACAGCGUGUUCAUCGCCGUCGGUUGCUGCCGCCUCGUGAUCGUGAAUGAGAAUAUGCUCACCGCCGUGGUGCUCGUGGUCGUGCGGGCGCUGAUCGCGGUCCUGCCUGCCGCCGCCGCCUUGGCCUCUGCGGGCAGCUGCCAGCCCGCCCCCGGCUGCGGCCCCGCGCGCGCGAGCGAGAGCAGCGGUGGCGCGGAGAGGCCGCUCUGGCUCAAGCGGGCCUCAGCGGCUGGCCGGCUGUGGCCGGCUGUGGCCCCGCGGCCGCCGGCGCUGUGGCGCGCGCUGCGGCUCAGGGGCCUGCGGCGCGCCGCGGCCGCCGCGGGUGCGGCGGCUGCCGCUGUGGCCGCCGCGGCCGCUGGUUCCACCCAGCCCCCAGAGGCCGAGAACGAGGCUCCCGCAGGGAACCUAGAGGCGUCCGUGGACGAGCCGGGAGUGCACGGCGUGGCCCCGCUCGAGGGCCUGGUCCGUUGGGUGCGGUGUCUGCGGGUGGCUACGGAUGCUGAGUCCCUCCGGCAGUCCCGCUGCCUGCAGGUCGAGGCACGUCGCCUGUGGCAGGUCGGCCCUCCUGUUUUCUGCGGAGUGCUCGGGGCGUACUCAAAGGACAAGAAUUACCCAAGGCGGCCUCGCCCAGAGCUGUCGAGGUGUUUGGGGGCUGACCGACCACUGCUCGACGUCGCGGUCGUAGCUGUGGCAGGUCUUCGGGUCUUCUCCGUCUUCGUACACGCCCUGGAGACCCCAGAGGCCGCCAGCAUGCAGAGGGAGCUCCCCAUCGAGAAGUCGAAGCGCGACGCCAGCCAGCCCGUGACAUGUGCGCGACAGUCCCCUCAGCAUCGGCGCUUCGUGACCGCGGACUUCACGCCCCUGGCUCGGUCACGGACCACGUCGACGACGGCCUCGCGGCCCCUCAGCCUCUCGCCGGCGGCGCGCUCCGCGGAGCCGGGCUCCCGGGCGCCCGCGGCCGACGACGCCGCCGAACCCAGCGCCGCGCAGGAGGUGCGACGCCGCGGGCCCGGCGAGUCCUGCGACGAGAUCGGGAAGGACUCCCCGUUCUUCCUCAUGAAGCUGCCCCCGCGCGAAGAGCCGGCGCCAGCAUCUUUGGCCAAGGAGGCCUCGGGGGCAGGCCGGGUGGCGGUGGUUGCCCCUGGCGCCGGCACCGGCGUGAACGGGUCGGUGUACGCAGACAUGGGCCGGCAGGGCUUCGGAGUGGAGAUCGUCGGGCAGUCGCGCGCCUCUUAUGACCGCUAUCCAGAAGGAUGGCCCCAGGGCGCGCCCGCCCCCAACCUGCUGAGCUUCGCGGAGGGCGCCGUCCUGGCCGAGGGCGUCCUGGACAGGUGCGAGUGCAUGAUAUUCGGCUCCCGAGGCGGGCAGGUGGUGCUGCCCGCCCUCUGGGAGCGGCGCGGGGCCGCCGUGCCCCCGGCCGUGGUGCUCAACGGCGGGUGCGCCAUGGACCUGCCGGCGAAGGUCCCGUGGCCGGCGGAGGCCGUGACCUUUCUCAUAUUGGGCGGCCUUGAUUUCUUCCGCGGCAACCUCUCGGAGGAGGAGCACUUCGCAGAUGCUAGGAGCCGCAUCCCUGAGGGCACGACCUCCACGGCGGUGCUCUACGUGACCGAGAUGCUCCACAUGCCCCAGGCGUCGCUGCUUCUGGCGAUCUUGCCCCUGAUCAUCCAGGCGCUGCUGAGGUGCAAAUCCUCGGGGACGUUCGAAGAGAAGGACAUGGCGCGUAUCCUCGAAGCGUGCACGUCAGGCGGUUGGAGCGGGCAGCUUGCCUAUGCAACGAGCUCCGGCUCGUGGGAGGAGGCCGCGUUCAGCGGCGAGGGCAAGGCUGCCGAGUCACCCCGCCGCGCCGUGCUGCCUGCUGCGGCCGAUCACGGCCGCUCCACUGCGACGACGUCACCUGACCCUCGGGCCCGGCAGUCAGCCGUGGCCGGAUCAUUCCACGCCGCGACGCCGGUGGCGAGUUCACCUGGCCCCAGGAUCCGGCAGGCAGCCGUGGCUCGCUCCUCCUUGGGCCCCGCGCCCGUCGGGAGCUCGCCUGGCCCCAGGCUCCGGCAGUCAGCCGCGGGCGGCUCUUCCCAGGCGACGGCGCCGGCGCCGAUUGCGAGCUCGCCUGGCCCCAAGAACCGGUAUCCAUCCGUGGGCGGAUGCUCUCAUGCCGCGGCGACGGCUGCGGCCUCACCCGACCCCAAGCCUCGGCAGCCAGCUGCGGCCGGAGCUCCCUCCCUCGCCGCGGCACCGGUGGGGGCCUCACCUGGCCCCAAGCCCCAGCAGCCAGCGCUGGCCGGACCUCCACCCGCCGCGGCGCCUGCUGCGGCCUCGCCCGACCCCAAGGCCCGGCAGCCUGCGGUGGUCGGAGCGCCCUCCCACGCCGCGGCGCAGCACGGCGGCGGCGCGCUGCGGGCCUCCGCGGCGGCGCCCCCCGGAGCCGCGCCGCGGGCCUGCCUGGCAGCGGCCGCGAGGCAGAGCCCUGUGCGCAGCUCUGCGGCGCCCGGCCCCGCGCCUGCUGCGGGAGCCCAGGGCCCAGCGUGGGGCAUCGACGCCGCCAGCCCGCUGCACCCCGCCGCGGUGCCCAGCCCGGCCCGCGCCGGCUCGGCGCUGUCCCCGGUGCAGCUCCAGAGCGCCCUGGCGGGCAGCCCCGCGCACGCCAGAGCGGCGCUCGCCGCCCUGCCCGCGAAUGCCAAGGGGGCAUCGCUGCAGGGCGCCGCGGGGACCGCUGCCGCCACGUCCCAGCCAGUGCUGCCACUGCGCGCCGUGGCGGGGUCGGCUGGCGGAGCAGCGAAGGUCUUGCCGGCAACUUUCCUGCGACCCAGGACCCUCUCUUUCGUCGAGUCCUCGAGCACAACACCCUCGGGCACGUCGACGUCUUCGCCGUCUCCAACCCGGCGGCGCCUCGUGUCCGCGUCGCUGACCGCGCCGGCGGGGACCCCCACCGCCUCGCCCAUCACCUCGCUCAGUAAGUCUCCGCCCGUGGUUGCCGGGAAGCCGCUGAGGGUGGCCUCGGCACAGGCCCCCUCGGCAGUGCUGCCGCAACAGACCCGCCCCCGCCUGGUGCCGCGCGCCCAGACGAUGACGCUGGCUUGA